AAGCAGAUCGCCGCCGACAAGCAGUACAAGGGCAUCAUCGACUGCGUGGUGCGCAUCCCCCGGGAGCAGGGCAUCCUCUCCUUCUGGCGUGGCAACCUGGCCAAUGUGAUCCGGUACUUCCCCACCCAGGCCCUCAACUUCGCCUUCAAGGAUAAGUACAAGCAGAUCUUUCUGGGCGGCGUGGACAAGCGAACCCAGUUCUGGCGGUACUUCGCCGGUAACCUGGCGUCCGGCGGGGCCGCCGGCGCUACCUCCCUGUGCUUCGUCUACCCCCUUGACUUUGCCCGAACCCGCCUGGCAGCAGAUGUGGGUAAAGCCGGUGCUGACCGGGAGUUCAAGGGGCUCGGUGACUGCCUGGUCAAAAUCUUCCGGUCGGAUGGCCUCAGGGGCCUGUACCAGGGCUUUAAUGUCUCUGUCCAGGGCAUCAUCAUCUACAGAGCUGCCUACUUUGGCAUCUACGACACCGCAAAGGGCAUGCUUCCGGACCCAAAGAACACCCACAUCGUUGUCAGCUGGAUGAUCGCUCAGACGGUCACUGCUGUCGCCGGUUUGACCUCCUACCCUUUUGAUACAGUUCGUCGUCGCAUGAUGAUGCAGUCUGGCCGUAAAGGAACUGACAUAAUGUACACUGGCACUAUUGACUGCUGGCGGAAGAUUGCCCGGGACGAGGGCUCCAGGGCGUUUUUCAAAGGUGCAUGGUCGAAUGUACUCCGAGGAAUGGGUGGUGCUUUUGUCUUAGUCCUGUAUGACGAAAUUAAGAAGUACACAUAAGUUAUUUCCUAUUGUGAACUGGCAUGUUGUUAUAUGUAGUCUGUGACCGCUCAUGGACUUGUUUGAAAACCGUCUAGUUACUACACAGCGACGGUUGCUGUUUAUACAGGUUGGCAUGGGGCAGGGGCAACUGCCUGCCCUGUCUUUCUCAAGUUUUUCCCCCUGAUGGGACUCACCAUGGUUUCUAUUUCAGUCACUCCUGCUUAAAGAGUACAAAGAAAUAAAAAUCUGAAACCAACGUU